AAAUCAACUUAUGACUUUCCUACUGCUUUUAUUGGCAAACAACACCACAUGGACACAUUCAAGCCUGGUCUGUUGUUUGUAAAGCAUCAGAAAAGUUCGGACUUAAUUCGAGAAAUUGUUUAGUGUUUCUAGACAAGCAAUCGUGACCGUUAAACCUGUUGGAUCGUGUGGGACUAUAAACUGGCCAUAAUGCCAGUGAAAUAUUGGCUGUUUCCAGAUGGAAAGUCUCCCGUGAAAACGAAAUUGUGGAAUUGGUCGUCCAAUUUUGUCUGCGGAUUAGCGGGGGCUGUUUUUAAAGUUUAUUUAGAGAAGUUGAACUACUGCAAAGUUUAUAACAAGGAGAAAAUAAUAGACACGGUCGACCAAGUGAGAAAGUCUGGACGCAGUCUGAUAACAUACAGUAACCAUGACAGCUGUAUCGAUGACCCCACGACCUUAGCUAUGCUUAGAUGGGAUCAUGUGUUGAAUGGUAAAAGACUUCGAUGGGUCCUUGUGGCAGACGAGAUCUGUUUCACCUCCAAACCGCUGGCACUCUUCUUCAGUCUCGGGAAAGCCAUUCCAGUGAUCAGGGGCGAGGGGAUCUAUCAGAAACCCAUGGACUACGCCCUGGAUAAGAUUGAUCGCGGGGGAUGGGUACAUAUAUUUCCAGAAGGUAAAAUAAACCUUGAAAAAACCUACAUUCGAUUUAAAUGGGGGAUAGGUCGACUCCUGACUGAAGCUCAGCAGUGCCCCAUAGUGGUUCCAUUCUAUCAUUACGGCAUGGAUGAAGCUUUACCCACAAAGACUCCUUAUUUUCCUCGCUUUAAAAAGAAAAUCACCAUUUUAGUGGGCAAUCCCAUUGAUUUCUCCGAGGAGUUGGAGCGGUUGAAACACAAGAUGACUGCUACUGAGCUCAGGAAACAUUUUACAGACAUUCUUCAAGAAAAACUUUACGCCCUUCGGAAAGAAGCGGAAGAACUUCACAAAGUUCGGAAAGCGGAAGAACCUCACAAAGCAGACAGAUGACGACGUCUUCUUUGAUACUUACACACAAGAACUAUGCAGCAUUACGAUCAACAUACAACUCAUCAACAUUUAGAUGGAUGUAGAGUGCAGGGACUUUAGAUCUGUAUUUUAAACUUUUGUUUUUAAUAUCAGGUUAUGUACACACGGACAUCUGGACGUGCUAUUAUUGAAGAAUUUAAAUAUGUAUAUUUUUAUAUGAGAUGAAUUGGAGCGAUUGUUAUUUAAAGAUUAAAUGGUAGUUACAAGGAA